UGACAAGAGGAAGGAUGACCGGGCUUUGUAGUUCCUGAUCCGGAACUAGUUUAGAGAAAACCCGGAAGAAGUAGGUGGCGCGCGCGAAGCCUGUUCCUUGUUCGGGAGUUGGGAGCUACAAGGCGUGAGCGAUUUGUGCUUCAGAUGCUCUCCAAGUUCUUGGUUAUGGAGUAUUUGGCUCAUCCUGGUACACUCAGCUUGGCUGCUGGAGUUGCCUGUGGCAUGUGCCUGGGCUGGGGCCUCCGGAGCCAUCUUGGAAUGUCUCCCCAGAACUCAGCAAGUGAGACAAAUAGAGACACAGAGACGGGAAUGGAAGCAAGCAUCUUGGGAGAGAGUGGGGAAUACAAAAUGAUUCUUGUGGUUCGAACUGACUUAAAGAUGGGGAAAGGGAAGGUCGCUGCGCAGUGUUCUCAUGCUGCUGUGUCUGCCUACAAACAGAUUCAAAGGAGAAACCCUCAAGUGCUCAAAGAGUGGGAGUACUGUGGCCAGCCCAAAGUGGUGGUCAAAGCCCCAGAUGAAAACACACUCAUUGAGUUACUCACCCAUGCAAAAAUGUUGGGACUAACUGUGAGUUUAAUCCAAGAUGCUGGACGCACUCAGAUUGAACCAGGCUCUCGGACUGUCCUGGGCAUUGGGCCAGGACCAGUAGAACUAAUUGAUGAAGUUACUGGGCACCUGAAGCUUUACUAGAUGGGCCUUCGUGUGAUGGUGAUUCUGGCCGCAGAGUGUGAAGCCUGUCAGGACAAAUAAAAGCUUAAUUCUUGCCCCACUUUAAAAUCUGUUCCCAUGUUCUUCUGUCAUGUACUGGACCAUUACUAUCUUGAGCUUAAAAUACGCCUGGCU